AAGUGUAUAGACGCUGUCAACAGGUGCAUAGAUAUAGAACAUCCGUGUGAUCAUUUUAACAGGCUAUCAAUAACAAAUUCGUCUGAUUUUUUUUUUUUUUAGAUAAAAGGAAAUACAUGUAUCACGAAGACGUUGUGAAAUACCACAUUUUGUUGUAGUCAGACUGAGGAGGUGUGACUGUAUAACUGUGACAUACAGAGGUUAUUGUUCCCCAGCCAAGCAAUUCGCCAAGGUUUUGACGAGUUCAACACAACAUUGCAUUGCAUUGAUUACUAGUGUCGAGGCCGAGGGACGCCGAUCCGACUGCCUGAGCUCAGCUCAGGUUGGUGAUUGCAGUCCUGCAUGCAUGUUCAAGUCCAACAAUCAUUAUGAGAAGUAAUUCUGCAGUUUGAUGUGUUGACCUUGAUCUUGGUGAGAGAACAAUCCAAAAACAUUUUACUUAAUAAAUAGCAGGUCCACCUUAAAAGAUGGCAAGUGAAGUGUCUACAUUACCUUUGUACAACUAUUUUGACAACUCACCUGAACUCUUACUCCAAGAACGGGAAUACAUCUAUGAUGAUAAAUCAGCACACCAGACCUCUUUCAAACUGAGACCGAUCCAAGCGAGAUGCGCGAAACGGCCGCCUCGGUCUUUAUCGAAUAUUGAAAUCAAGCAUAAACUUAGGACCAGCGUCCAGGAGUCGUGCAAGCCGGAGCCAUCGGAUGCGUUCCGGAUGUGGGUGGAGAGCGGCAGGCGCGCCCCACCGUUUCCACCAAGCUGGGAUGCCCAGUAUAACAGUAAUGUAUGGAGGAACUUCAGUCAUGGGGAGGGGUACAAGAUAGCCACGCCCGGUAGGCGGGUCAAAGAAACAAUUGCGGCUAUAUACCCCGUAGCUAUUCCGUCGCACUCCGAGAUGGGUGAUCACACCUUUACCAAGUUCCUCAGCGAAGUGCCGGUCAUCCGUGACACAAAGAAACGCCACCUGGCCAUUGCCCACUCCAUGAGGGAGCUAGAGGACUUCCAGCGGCUCAAGCUCCGCAGCCAGAUGCGGGUACCGCCCAUGGACAUGGACGGGAACAUCGCCCCGCCCGAAGGGUUCGUUCGACAUGAGCGACGAUUCAACGGAGAGCCGCACUCCACGGUUACGACCAAGUUCCGAGAGAUGAAUGAAAUUGAUCGAGAGAGCCAACGCAGUAAGCUUGGAACUCACAUGACUAGUCCUAACAGACUCUGGAAGAUAUCGUUCAAAGACAAUCAUCCCGAGUAUGAGAAGGUGAUAAAAGAUACGGCUGAGAAGAAAGCUUUAUUAAAGCAGAGAAAGGAGCAGAAGAAUACUGCUCCUCUCGAAAUAUAUUUCAAAUGAGAAUAUCAUCAGUCGAGAGCGAAAAGGGCUUUAACCGAAUGUAAAUUUUGGCUCUCAACGGAUUUGAAAUAUAUUUCAAAUGAGAAUUUCAUCAGUCGAGAGCGAAAAGGGCUUUAACCGAAUGUAAAUUUUGGCUCUCAACGGAUUUGAAAUAUAUUUCAAAUGAGAAUAUCAUCAGUCGAGAGCGAAAAGGGCUUUAACCGAAUGUAAAUUUUGGCUCUCAACGGAUUUGAAAUAUAUUUCAAAUGAGAAUAUCAUCAGCCGAGAAUUGAAAAGGGCUUUAACCGAAUGUAAAUUUUGGCUCUCAACGGAUUUGAAAUAUAUUUCAAAUGAGAAUAUCAUCAGCCGAGAAUUGAAAAGGGCUUUAACCGAAUGUAAAUUUUGGCUCUCAACGGAUUUGAAAUAUAUUUCAAAUGAGAAUAUCAUCAGCCGAGAAUUGAAAAGGGCUUUAACCGAAUGUAAAUUUUGGCUCUCAACGGAUUUGAAAUAUAUUUCAAAUGAGAAUAUCAUCAGCCGA